AUGAAGUCAGAAGACAACCAGGAUGAGUUGCACGACAUGAAGCACAUCGAGCAGAUUGAGACCGUGCCGGGCACGGAAAUCCUGUUCGAUUCCGACGGCGCCGCUGGUCAUCUGUAUGCGUAUCUGCAGCAUGUCGAGAAGAAGGGGCACCGGAUCUUGCUGGUCCCGCAGCCGUCGCGAGUGGAUCCAAAUGAUCCCCUGACGUGGUCCCGGCUGAAGAAGGCCAUCGUCUUCGGCAAUGCCUGUCUCUACAGUUUCCUGGGCGGUGUCACCGGCCCCAUUAUUGCAGCUGGUAUGAUAUGCCUCUUGCGACCCGGCUGGGAUCCCUUCUCUGAUAUGACCCCCGCAGGUAUCAUCCAGCUCACCGAAGUAUACGACGCGUCCUUUCAGAAGAUCAACAUUGCUGUGGCGGCCAAUCUCAUCUGCACGGGUGUGGGCUGUUUCUACUGGAUGCCUUUCUUGGCCAAAUUCGGUCGCCGGCCGACGUAUCUCAUCACCGCCGUGGUGAUGUGUGCGUGUCUGAUCUGGCAGGGCUUCGCGACCCGAACUACCUACACCUCCUUUCUGGUGGCCCGAAUCAUCAUGGGCCUGGGCCAGUCACCCAUCUACUCCAUCGCACCGACCACUAUCCGAGACAUCUACUUUGUCCACCAUCAGGGCGCCAUGAUUGCCUUCUAUGGCCUGUCGGUUCUCGUUGCCGCUCAGAUCGGCCCCAUGCUGUCCUCGUUUAUCAUCUAUAGUAUCGGGCCCGCAUGGUCGUUUUGGAUCCUCGCAUGUUGCUUAGGUGUCAACCUGAUCACCAUGUUCUUCACCAUGCCGGAGACCAUGUAUUACGGCGAACGGCCCAAGGUCGCGCCCGCGGAGCCCGGCGAUUUGGACACGGUGGGCCAGGUCCAGACGGUGGAAAAGCGGUCUUGGACCCGGGAAUUAACCAUUUGGCCCGGAGGCAAUCCUACCGUGGACCUUCGUGCAAUCUUCCUCAAACCCUUUAUUCUGUGUCUGAAUCCGAUCAUCAUCUGGGCGAGUCUGGUGUACGGCAUGUCGUUCAUCAGUCUGACGACGUUGGCGGCCACGGCAGCGCAGAUUUUCGGUGAAGCUCCGUACUUUUUCAACUCCAUUGACCAGGGCCUUGUCUUCCUCUCUCCCUUUGUUGGCUCGCUGUGUGCGACCUUCUUCUGUAGCUAUGUCGUUGAUAAGAUCGUGAUCCGCGCGACUCAACGCAACGGGGGCGUCCGCGAGCCCGAGAUGCGGCUGUUUUCUCUCCUGGUGGCUGCCGGCGUUACUGUGGUGGGAUCCAUCGUGUGCGCGCUCUGCUUGCAUUACGAAACCCAGUACAUGGGCCCCAUCGUUGGAUUUGGCAUCAUCACCGUCAGCAACCAGAUCGGAGCGAACAUUGGUAUGUCCUAUCCUCUGGACUGCUACCCCCAAUCCACAGCAGAAGUGAUGGUCAGCGUCACGUUCUUGCGAUCGGUCGUGACCUGGAUCUGGAACUGGUUCAUCAACACCUGGCUCACGAACUGCGGCCCCUUGGUGGUGUUCCUCUCGAUGGGUGCCAUCCAGGUUGCUUUCCAGCUUUCAAGCAUCGGAUUCCUCGUCUGGGGCAAGAAGCUCCGAGUUGCGUUGCACCAGCGCCACAUUCUCGGAUCUUGA